AUGGCGAUCGAUUUCAAGAUGCUGUUGCGCGAGGAACGGCUAAGAGCGCGUGAGCGCCACGCGCCGCCACCAGCGGCGGCGGCGGCCCUCCUGUCCGAGCCUCGCAGCCCACCGCCACCACUGCCGCAGACUGAUGUCGAUUGGGCGCUUCCGAGUCGGAACGAUCGGCCCGAGUAUGAUGCCGAGGCGCACGCAGUGGACUGCGGCGUGCGUGGGAUCGCGCACAUCGCAGAGUGGUGCAGCGCGGAGGAGGAGGAGGCUAUGCUCCGUUGCACCGAUGGCGCACCAGCCCACCGCUGGACGCAGCUGCGUGGGCGGCGGCUGCAGAGCUUGGGUGGGACCCCCAGCAGCAGUGACGGCGGGAUGACGCGCGAGCCGCUUCCGUCGUGGGUCCAGUCCGUGUGCGACGAGCUCGUGCGGUGCGGCGUCUUUCCUCAUGAUCAGCCUCCGAACCACGUGCUGCUCAACGAGUACCGGCCGGGGCAAGGCAUCGACCCGCACAAGGACGGGCCUCUCUACGCGCCGCGCGUCGCCAUCCUCUCGCUCAGCAGCCGCGCGCCGCCCCCUCCUCACGCCCGCCGACCCGGCGCUGCGUACGGCGUCUCUUCACAGGCCGAGCUGUGA